AUGCGGCAGCUGUGGAGCCAGAGCACAAGGAGAGGCAACCUGCAAAAGUCAAUGGGCAGCCGAAAGUGCAGUCCAAGAAGAAGAAGAGCAGCUCCAGUGGAUCGAGGUCGCGCAGUGGAAGCGGAAAGCGCAGCCCGAGUCGAAAACGGAGCAAUAGCCGAAAGAAGAGGAGACGCAGCUCCAGCUCCAGUCGAAGUCGCAGCCGCAGCCGCAGCCGCAGCCGUUCGCGGCGCAAAGGAGGCCGCCACCGCAGCCCCUCGCGCCGGCGGAACCGCAGCCCCUCGCGCCGGCGCUCGCCGCGGCCCCGCGGGGGCGGUGGUGGCUUCGGGGGAGGUGGCUUUGGAGGAGGCGGUGGCGCUGGCGGUGGCCCUCGCUUUGGCGGAGGCGGUGGUGAGCAAUGCGGCGACUUCAAGCGGGGCAGAUGUACCCGCGGCGCGGCGUGCCGCUUCUCGCACGGAGAUGAUGGAGGAGGUGGCGGCCCCCCCCUUGGCUGACUUCAAGGCGCCCGGCGGCCCGGCGCCGGCGAGCCUCGCCGCGCUGAAGCCGCCGCCCAGCAUGGCGGAGCUGAACGCGGAUCCCAAUGCGCACAACAGCCAUCAGACCGUCCAAGACCAAGAGAUCAAGAUGAUCGACGCGCGAGGGCAGAUGCUGUCGCAGUACCCGCGCUACUCCACCUUCCAAGAGGCUCCCUUUUGCGCGUCCAUUCAAGCGGACCUGCAGAAAGCUGGCUUCCCAGCACCCUCGCAGAUUCAGCAGUACGCGUGGCCACUGGCCAUGCAGGGCUACGACGUCAUCGGGGUGGCAGCCACCGGAAGUGGGAAGACCUUGGCCUUCCUGCUGCCAGCCUUCCAUUUUCUCCUCCAACAGGGAAUUCGUGCGGGCGAUCCCCACUUCCUGGUCAUGGCCCCCACGCGUGAGCUGGCGGUGCAGAUCGAGGAAGAAGCGGUGAAGUUCGGCAGGGCCAGCGGCAUCAAGACUUGCUGCUGCUAUGGCGGAGCCUCCAAGGGUCCGCAGGCGAUGCACCUGCGCGAUGGCGUUCAUGGGGUGAUUGGAACUCCAGGAAGAAUCAAUGACUUCCUUGAGGGCAAUCAGGUCCGCCUCCAAGAUGUGUGCAAGCUCGUGCUCGAUGAGGCGGAUCGGAUGUUGGACAUGGGUUUCGAGCCGCAGAUCCGGAAGAUCUUGGUGAAGAUCACGAAUCCCAACCGCCACACGAUGUUCUUCACCGCCACGUGGCCCACGAGCAUCCGGCGCUUGGCCUCCGAGUUCCUGCGGAAUCCGAUCCAGAUUCAGAUUGGCAACCGUGAUGAGCUGAAGGGCAACCAGGAUAUCGUACAGAUUAUCUCUCCUUGCACCUUCGGCAACAAGAACCAGGUCUUGCUGCAGGUCCUGAGCCAAUCAGGCGUGGGCGACCGGAACAACAGCGCGGCCAAAGCCAUCAUCUUUUGCUCCACAAAGAGGAUGUGCGACCAACUGCAGAGGGAUCUGCAGCGCGCCGGCGUGCCGUGCGCGGCCAUCCAUGGAGACAAAGGGCAACGGGAGCGUGAACACGCCCUGGGGGAGUUGAAGAGCGGCGCCAUGAAGCUCAUCGUGGCCACCGACGUGGCGGCCCGAGGCAUCGACGUGAAAGGCGUGACUCUGGUGGUGAACUAUGACGCUCCAGGCAAUACCGAGGACUAUGUGCAUCGAAUUGGCCGAACAGGCCGUGCGGGCCAGAAAGGCUAUGCCGUGUCGUUGAUCACGGACAAAGAUGCUCACGCCUUGCGGGGCAUCAUCGAGGUGAUGAGACGAACGAAUCAGGAAGUCACACCAGAGGUGGAGGCGAUGGCCCGCUCGGCCGGGCCUGCGCCGCCCUCGGGCCGCGCACUCCGCGGGAAGGGCCGCUGA